GGGCUGCCGGGGGACCCGGCCGAGCCCAACCCCUUCUCCUUCCGGGAGUUUGUCCGCUCCAAGUCCCGCGGCGGUGACACACAGGUCAGCGCGCACGGGGUCCGUCCCGUCAAAACGCCCGCCUCAGCCCCGCUGUCCCCUCCGCAGGCGGCUUGGCCCGGGCCCGUCGUGCCCCCGCUGCCCGCAGUGCCCGCAGAGUCGGGGGACGAGCAUGACGAGCAGGAGGAGGAGGAGGAGGAGGAGGAGUGGAGCGAGAGCUACCAGCCCCUGGCCGUGGAGCAGGCCCUGGCCCGCGGCCCCUCCCGGCAGCCGAGCUACGAGCAGCUAAAAGAAGAGAAUGCUCUUUUGAGAAGCAAGAUCAAUAAGCUUCAGAUUCUGUCUGAAACUCAAGCAGACAAAAUGAGGAAGCUUGAGAAGAAGCUUGAAGAAAACAAAAUCAAAGAAGAAAAAGAAGCUCAGGAUUUGGAAGCAAUGGUGCAGCACGUGGAGCAGAAUCUCCAGCUGAUGACUAAACGGGCUGCCAAAGCUGAGAACAGCGCUGCCAAACUGAGACAGGAAAAUGCACAGCUCCAGGCUGAGCUGAGGAAUUCCAGGCUGGAGAAGGAGGCACUGCAGGCAGGCCAGGCAGGGUUGGCUGUGGCCAAGCAGAAUGCAGAGGUGGCCCUGCAGCACCUGCUCCAGGUCACAACCAGCUCCAGAGCAUCCAUCAGGCAGCUGCUCUCUGGAGCAGAAUCCCUGCAGCUCGUUGCUGAUCUCCUGAAAUCCAUAGACAGAAUCACUGAGGUGGCAGACGAUGGACAGUGAUGACAGUGACCCACACAACACGGAGGACUUUGUUUUCAUAUGGAAACCAUUACUAAAACGUGAAUUUUUUGAUACUUGGCCUCAUUUCGACAUGCCAAACUGCAGACCUGGCUUCUCCAUCUCCCCACCCCCCCGCGGUGCAGCCACAGCCAACGCCAACGGAUCCCUAAACCCGGAAUGGACCAGAGCACGCCCCCGGUGCUGCUGGGCGGGGACCGGGCCCCUUCUCCCCGUGCAAUUCCCCCAGUUUCGGCUGGGACUGACAGCACCGCAGGUUCUGGGGCUCUCGGUGCCGUUCAGGGCUCUUGCUGUGGAGGGGGAAAGGCCGACAGUGGCGGUGUCCCGGUGCCGCGGUCCCGUUCAGGUCCCCGCGGUGUCCCGGUGCACUGAAGGCCGU